CAGCAGCUGGACCAGCAGCAGUGUCCAACAGCUGAUAAGGGCCCGGCUCCAACACAUCUGGAAAUGAAGACAAUUAAGAGACCAGCCUUCUUCUGUUCCUGUGCAACAACACCUCCUCUGUUAAUUAUCUGGACAGUGCUGCUCUCAAACAUUCCCAACUGAGGAGAUGAAAAUCUAGUUAAAAGCUAAGCCCUAGCGGUGGUUAUUUAUCUGGGCUCCCUGGAAAAGUCUGCGGAGAGGGAGAGGGGGGACAAGCCGAGUCGGAGAGAUCAUGGCGGCACCUCUCGGACGGGACACCCUACCUGACUACUGGUCGUAUGGAGUUUGUAGAGAUGGUCGAGUCUUCUUUAUUAAUGAUAAAACUCGUAGCACUACUUGGCUACAUCCACGCACUGGUGAACCUGUUAACUCUGGACACAUGAUACGUUCAGAUUUGCCAAGAGGAUGGGAAGAGGGCUUCACGGACGAGGGCGCGAGCUACUUCAUCAACCACAAUCUUAGGACUACAUCCUUUCGGCAUCCUGUGACAGGACAAAUUUCCCCAGAAAACACAGAAUACACACUACAAGACAGGCUAGAAUCCCGUAUGUCCAAGUCAGCAGCCAAUCAGAGAUCCCCCAGCAUGGUCACAGACUCCUCCAAGGCUGUGACCUCAGCAGCAGUGGAUGUCACCUCGGGGUCAAAGGCCUCCAGAGGUACAGGGAAAGUACACAGUUUUGGAAAGAGGGAUCAUGCUAUUAAAAGAAACCUCAACAUCCCAGUGGUGGUGAGAGGCUGGCUCUAUAAACAGGACAGCUCUGGAAUGCGACUGUGGAAACGGAAGUGGUUUGUUUUGUCAGACUACUGCUUGUUUUAUUACAAAGACAGCCGAGAGGAGACGGUGCUCGGUAGCAUCCCUCUGCCCAGUUAUGUCAUUGCACCAGUUGAGCCUGAUGACCACAUAAACCGUAAAUACGCUUUCAAGGCGAGCCAUACAGGAAUGCGCUCCUACAUUUACAAUAAGAACUCUGUGAUUGGCUCACAGGCUGAACACUGCGGGAUGCGGACAUAUUUCUUCAGUGCGGACACACAGGAGGACAUGAAUGGCUGGAUCCGGGCCAUGAACCAGGCUGCGCUGAUGCAGCAGAGUCACACUAUAAAGAGAGAGGUGGAGAAGCCAAAGAAGGCUGUGCAACAAGCAGUCCCACAGUCCAACCAUGUCCACGUCAACCAGAACUUAUCUCAGCCGGAAAGCCAUCGCAGGACAGACAGAGAGGAACCUCCAGAUAACGGUACCCAACUGACGCAUGGAGAAGAGGUGAGAUACGAGAUCCAAGGGAGGCCAAGUCAGUCAGCCACAGAGGAGAGAGCAGAGAGACUCUCUCCAGACUCUGUCGAUGGUGCCACCCACAAGAACGGACAGCAAACUGUGAUCCAAGUGGCUCUGCCACCGGAACAGAAUGGAAAUCUUGUCUAUCAGAGGGGCUUUGUUUCGCGGGCAGACCCUGACAAACAUGUGCAGAGGAAAAACACACUGGCUCAGGUGGAGCAGUGGGUCAAAGUGCAUAAAGGAGACCCACCAAAGAGUGCUCCCUCUGCUGAGUACAACCUCCCUCGGCGUACUCCUCCAUUAAAGCCCAAAGCCAGCACAACGGAUGCCACCUAUCAGUCGUUGCCAAAGUCUCCCCGUCUCCCAUCUGGCAGCAACUCUCCUCCAGCAACAUGCAACCUGCCCAGUGACUACAAGUAUGCCCAUGACCGGCUCAGCCACUUCCGCAUGUCCACCGAUGAGCGCAUGGCCACCAAGGAGGGAAUGGUGUGGCAGCUAUACGAAUGGCAGCAGCGACAGCAGUUCCGUCACGGUAGCCCCACCGCUCCUAUCUACACCGGCCCCAACUUCACAGACUCUUCUUCUUUUAGAGUCACAGUGGAGAUGCCACGUUCUAUCUCUGUCCCUCCGUCCCCAUGUGAAGUCCCUCCGUCAGUCCCCACUUCCUUCAAACCCCUGUCCCCUCGCAGGCCUCACACUCCCUCAGACAGACGCACAGUCAGGCCCCUGGAUGAAGUAGCACCUGGGGACAGCACAAGGUCCAGCUCCCCCGGCCAUAUUUGUGCCCAACUUUCUCAGACUUCUCAAAUAGAGAGGAGGUCCAUGCCAGCCAUGGGCUACAUCACACACACUGUCAGCGCACCCAGCUUGCAUGGCAAAACGCCAGAGGAGCUGACUCUGCUCCUCAUUCAGCUUCGGAGGCACCAGGCCAAGAUGGCUGGUGUGCAUAGCCCCAGCGAUGCAUUUGCUCACCUGCAGCACCACCAGCACAACGGCCUUCUAGGCCCCAGCAUGCAGGCUGAUGAUACUUACAUACAACUGAAGAAGGACCUGGAGUAUCUAGAUCUGAAGGUGGGCCCCAACAAAGUUACUGGACGCGAGAGUUUAAAAACAGAAAGACCAUCAAGGCCUGUGAAAAUAGCAGAAAGUGAUGCUGAUGUGAAAUUAAGUCGCCUGUGUGAACAAGACAAGAUUCUACAGGAGCUAGAGGCCACGAUACGCACUUUGAAGGAGGACAAGGACAAGCUGGAGUCUGUGCUAGAUGUUUCCCACCAGCAGAUGGAGCAGUACAGAGAUCAGCCGGCCCAUGCUGAGAAGAUUGCCUAUCAGCAGAAAUUACUACAAGAGGAUGUGGUUCACAUCAGGGCCGAAAUAUCCCAAGUGUCCACAGAGAUGGAGAACGCAUGGAACGAGUACAGCCGGCUGGAGAGAGACGUGGACUGGCUGAAGUCGGCUCUGCAGGGACAUAUGAGCCGCAGCGAUCUCUCUCAGCAAGAGAAAGUCCAGAUAAGAAAAGAACUGUGGAGGAUUGAGGACGUUAUUGCAGGCCUCAGCACCAGUAAAGCCAACUACAAAGUCACUAUCUCCUCUGUUACCAACCCAGAGAGGAAAUUUGUGCCUUCAGUGUCGGCGUCAUCAGUGCCUUCUAUGUCUGGGAGCCCGUCUGCUAUGGAGAUGAGAUUGUCCCAGCAGCACCAACAGCAGCACAGCCCCCACCUCAGCCCCAGUAGCCACACCCCCACCCUUUCCUCCAGCCCGAGCCUGCAGCCUUUACGCCACUCUGCAACCAUCGCCGGUGGGCUUAAAUGGGGUGAGGAUGAUGUGCCUCCCAGACCUCCUCUACCUCAGCUCUACAGUCCUGAAGAGCAUCCCCCUGCUGUGCCCCCGUUACCCCGGGAGACAACGGUCAUCAGGCACACUUCUGUACGCGGCCUCAAACGACAGUCAGAUGAACGCAAAAGGGACAGAGAGAUUGGCCAGUACACCAAUGGAGACGGCAAGGUGGAACUUCGGCCUUUCCUGAGUGAUCCAGAGCUCAUGGGAGCUGGAGACGGUUCCAGCCACAUCAGUGUAGUAGUGUGUGGACAUGAUGGUUACCAGACAUUACCUAGCAGAGGAGUGGCUGGCUCCUCGCUUAGGCUAAAUCAAUCUUCAAGCAUCUCCUCAUAUGUGACCCUCCGAAGAGCAAGCUCAGCUGCCGGCGGGAAGGAGAGACCAAAAAGUGCCUUGGAGCGUCUGUACUCUGGGGACCCGGCGCAGCAGCAGCAGAGGGGCAAGAUGAGUGCCGAUGAGCAGCUGGAGAGGAUGAAGAGGCACCAGAAGGCACUCGUCCGCCAGCGCAAACGCACCCUGAGUCACGGAGACCGCCACGCCUCUCCAACGUCGCGCCCCUCGUCCUCGUCCUCGGCCCCAUCGUCGCGCCCGCUCUCAGCAGACUUGGGAUCAUGGAAGAGAGAGCAGGACUUUGAUCUGCAGUUGCUCGAGAGGGCUGUGCAGGGGGAGGAGGCGCAGGGAGUUAGGAGCGUUCAGGGGGAGGAAAGACCUCCCGAGCACAAAGAGAGGCCUCGCUCGCACUCUGACGAAUGGCUGACCCUCCGCUCCACGGCCACAACCCCUCCCGCCCAUGAAGCUGACCUGGAGCCACUAGACUAUGAUGUGGACCUUAACAAAGAACUGUCCAAGCCUCAGAAAGUGUUGAUUCCGGAGCGCUAUGUGGACUCAGAGCCAGAGGAGCCUCUCAGUCCGCAGGAGGUGGAGGACCGCCAUCGCAAGGUGGAGCGCAUCAAGAGCAUCUUGGCAAAGUCCAGCGUGCAGAACCUAGCAUCUACAGUGCCCGUGGAUAAGCCAGAGGUCGGGGUGGUGGCACUCGACUCAGCUCUGCAGGAGCAGGAGAGGAUCAUCACCAUGUCCUACGCUCUCGCCUCGGAGGCUUCACUCAAAAGCAAACUAGUUGCAGUGCCAACACAGGCUAACCUCCCCACCCCGCCUCCCCCACCCCCUCCACCUCCUCCUCCUCUUCCUCCUGUAUCUCUGGCGCCUGCCUCUCCCUCUCCUAUAAGCAACGGGAUUCACUACACGUUUGUCUAAUCCGAGAAAUAAACGCUCUCAUCCCACUGAUCAGGUCAGCUGUUAGAGGGGGCUGUGAUGGGUAGAUGGUUUGUAAAAGUUGCUCUGCCACUCUGAAGAUCAGAAUGACGUGCUAAUUGUAUGAAGUUACAGUAUUGUUAACAGUUGUAAUGUUUCCCGUUUACUGACCACCAGCCAGCUCAAAUGUAACCUUCACAAAAUCUGCUUUAAGAGUGAGGAGGAGAAUGGGAUACGUACGCAAUGAAUGAAUCAGUGCUCGUCACUCAUUAUGACUUUCACAUGGCAGCUGUUGAUUGACUUUUGUGUGACAGUGUCCUUCACUGUUCUUCCCCUUUGCUUAACUUUUACAUUUUCAAUGUUAAGUAAAAAAAAAAAUAGAUUUGGGUAACAUGUUUUGGUCAUUGUGCAUGGACAGGAACAACCUCUUAAAAGACAGUGAGAGCAUGGACACUUUUUGACACAUUCACGGUGGCUCCAAAACUCCAGCGUCAAUUCAUUUUGAAAAAAUUCUGCUGUCAGGGUUAUCUUGUCUUCUCAUAUUUACUGCUCUUGUACUGACUUUGUCUUUCUCUCUUAUCGCUCCUCAGCUCAAGCUAUUUCUGGACACUGAGGUGCUAUUCUACAAUGAGAACAGACAACUGGAAUCCUGCGAGAAAAGAGGAUUUUGUUUGAGUUUGAACAUUUCACAGCCUUUCCAUACAGCAGUACAAGAACUGUACUAAACAUUUAACCUGCUCUCUGCGGCUCACGCAGCAUUGACUCGUUAAAGCGUUUCUAGUUGCUGAAAGCGACGUGGAAAUAGAAGACUUUGCAGUGGGAGCUGCUGUGCUUAUUACCUAUGGACGCGUCUAACAAAUGUUAAUCUCAUAAUAAUAAAAAAAAUAUUUUCUACAUAUCAUUGCACUUUGAAUUAUACACUGUAUCAUCUUUUCAAUGUAUGACUGGAUUGCUUUUACUUGCAGUGUGAUCUAAACUGGGAACUUCUUUUUUUUUUUUUGUCAGGUACAGAAUGUUAAGAACAAGAGGUACUAAAUGUGUCAUGAUGGUAGUAUUUUUGUCAAAACUCAGAUAAUAUUCUUACACCAAACCACUUGAAAUAUCAUAUGUAUGUACCUGUAGCACUGCCAGUCUCCUUUUAGCUUGCCAAAAUGAAUUUUAUUUUUGCUUACAUCAGGAUGAAAAUAACCUUUAACAUAUUUUCUGUGCGACUGGGGAAGGUUGCACAAUGGAAAUUUAUAAAAAUGUGAAUAUUAAAGAUAUUAACACAA